UUUCAAAUCAAACACACAUCUGUUUUAAUUUUAUAUUUUAUUUCCUUCAAAGUAAUUUUUUUUUCUUCGAAUCCUUAAGGGAAUGAUGAAUGUUCAAAAAAGUGCAAAAAACAAGGAAAACAAGCCUUCAAUAAUAAAAACUAAUAAUAAGAACCAAGUUAAUAGUAAAAUUCAACAGAAUCAAAUGAUAGAGACUCAAUCAAAUCACUCUCAUGCAUCUUCUGCAGACAUAACUAUAACAGAGGGAGACAUUGAGCGUGAUUUAUCUUUAAAUAAUGAAGAUAAUGAAGAAGAGUUUGAUGGUGGAUAUGGUUGGCUUGUGGUUUUAGGUGCAUUUUGCGUUCAAGUGACAAGUUUCGGUAUUGUCACAAGCUGGGGUGUAAUGCAAGAUUAUUAUUAUCAGAACAUAUUCUCGGGUAAUUCAAAAGCACUCGUUGAACUUAGCUUUGUUGGUACAUUGGCGUUAAUUUUUAUCAAUGGUAUGAGUCCUUUCAUUCAUGUAUGUAUCGCUAGAUAUGGUCUUCGGCAGAUAAAAAUUGUAGGCACUCUUUGUAUUACUAUUGCAUUAGAAAUGGCUAGCUUUACUCAUAAGAUUUGGCAUUUGUAUUUAUCACAAGGAAUUUUAUUUGGAUUAGGUGCUUCAUGCUUGUAUGUAACUAUAAUGGCUGUUACCCCUCAAUGGUUUACAAAAAACAGAGGCAUUGCUUUAGGUAUAGUAGCUGGCGGAUCUGGUAUAGGUGGACUCGUUAUGCCAUUGAUCAUAACACCCAUUAAUAGAAAUUUGGGACCUAGUUGGACUUAUCGAAUAUUAGGUCUCAUCUGCCUAGUGUGUGAUGCGAUUGCAUGCAUAUUAGUAAAAGAAAGAGUUGCUAAACCUCAAGAAAAAAAGAAACUUUCGAAAAUAGUUCAUUUUGAUGUACUUAAAGAUAUAAACUUUCUUAUUUAUUGUAUUGGAUCAGAUAUUGCUUUAUUUGGCUAUUUUAUACCAUUCUUUUUUGUUCCUGCUUACGCAACACAUCUAGGGAUGCCUGAUUCUCAGGGCUCAUCACUUGUUGCUGUUAUGUCUGCAAUGAAUUUCAUAGGUCGUUUAGUAGCAGGAUAUCUUGCUGAUCGCAUCGGAAAAUUAAAUUCAAAUAUUAUUUUUACAUUAAUUUCAGCCAUCAGUUGUUUACUGAUUUGGACUUUUGCAUACACAUAUGAGACUCUGAUGGGUUUUAGUAUUGUGUUUGGUUUCUUUUGUGGAUCUUAUUUUGCAUUAUUGUCUCCUAUUUCUGCAAGUAUUCUUGGUAUGGAAAGGUUCCCUUCAGGGCUGUCAUUAUUACUCUUAUCCAAUUCGAUUCCUGUGUUUGGCUCAACUAUAGCAAGCUCUAUUGAAUCAGCUGUCCAAUCUUCCUCAUUCUUCACUUACAAGAUGUUUGCUGGGAUUACUUACCUAAUAGGUGCAAUCAUUCUUAUUGUUUUAAAGUUUAGACUAAACAAAAAAUUUUUGGCUAUAAUUUAACCCUUACAAAAAAAAACUUAUACAUUAACACAGUGUUUAAAAUACUAUUUAAUAGAUUGCUUUCAAUUUUCUUACAAAAGUAUUUUAAAGAAAUAUAAUAUUUAAACAUUUA